AUGGUGCCUUAGUCUUGUUCCUGGAAAAAUAAAUGAUCACUUAACUCUAACUCCACAAAACAACCACAGCGUUGAACCUAAUUUCGGUCAACGAACAUUAUUUAAUGGUUCAAUUUUAUUGGAUCAAGUAACAAUAAAUUUCUGGAAAAUAUACGAAAAACAAUUAGAAUUAACGAACCUUCAAUCUGAGCUAACGAAACAACAAUCAGAACUCAGAAAUCAACAAUCUGAGCUGACAAAAAAACAGUCAGAGUUAGCGGAUCAACAAUCAGAGUUGACAAAAAAACAAUCAGAAGUAACGAGGGAACAGACAGAAUUGGCAAAGCAACAAUCGGAACUUUUUAAAAAGCAGUAUGAGCUGUUUAAUUAA